UGCCUCAUCCUCAAUCAUAAAAAUGAUAUAAGAUUUCAAGAAGAAGUAUUCUGUCUCCCCCCUGAUAUUGUGAACAUGGCCAUUGCGAAGCAUUUAAAGGGGGAAUUCAUAUCACCUACAACCAAUAAAGAAUUCAGGGUGGAAGACUACCCAAUGUUUAUUCCCUUUAUAGAUGCAAAAAAAUUAACAUCACAUAGAUAUGUAAGUUUUCAUUUGUAAAAUUUGUUAGUACCAUUCUUUACUUAUAUGCCAAAUAAAAUAAAACACUAUUGAAAUGUCGCCAUGCUUCAGAUUUUUGCACCUGUUUGCCACUCAAACCAUUGGUGGUUAUUGCUGAUUGAUACAAGAAAGCAGAGAUUUUAUAUACUCGACCCGGUACACACGAAAUGUCCAACCGAUGACAGAAAUGAGCUUAAUAAAUUCAUUGGAUAUGUUAUUUCAAGAAUGAGAGUAUAUGUUGGCGGGGCACCUCUGAAGAAGAAGGAGAAGGAAAAGGAAAUUAGAGCACCAUACGUUAGCAUCUCAGGCCAAAAGACAAGCUAUGACUGUGCUAUUUACGUUAUGAAGUGGCUUGAGUUAAUUGAGCCCGAAAAUAUUAAAAGGGCGAAGUAUGAGUGGGAUAAUUGGACACAGGACGAGGUGGACCACUAUAGAGUAGAAUAUGCUUUCCGGAUACUAUUCAGUGAAAUGAAUAAAGACAGAGCUGAAGCAAUUAGAGGGAGUAAUGCAAUAAGACUGUCCAGGCCAUCCUCAGUAUUAUUGAGUCCAUUUUGUCAAAUAGAUUCUAAUGAUAUAGAAACUGAGUAAUGUAACUAC